UCUUCCACUGGCCUUCCUCUUCAGGCUUACGUCUGUCUCCUGCAGACUCUUUCAGAUAGGAGCACCCUGACUCCUAUCUGCUGGGGUGGAGCCCUCCUGACUCCUAUCUGCCGUGGUGGAGCCCAGAACCCUGGUCCUGACUCUAUGAAAAGGCCUGCACACACCUGUGCAAUCAGUCUCCUGGCCAUUCCCAAAACCUGGCCCAAGAUUGGAGAUUUCAUCCCUCCCAGAUCUCUUUGAAAUCUCCAGGCUCCAGAUCCCAAAACAGAUCUUACAAACAAAGGAGGAAAGUGAAAAGCCACUUUCCUCCGUAUCAAACACUUACCCUGGAGCCUCUCAACCUGCCUUGUUGAGAAUCCUGGGUGACAGAU